CAGUCCCCGCCGCUCUCUCCCUGCUCCCCGCCUUCCCACCCGUGCACGCCCGGGAAUGUCGCCUCCGCCGCUUCCUCAUAGGCCCGCGUGUUCCCCGCCUUCCUGGCCGCCCCGGGACGCCCCGCCCUCGCGCGCAUUUUGAAGACUUGAUUCCGGUCUCGGUGAGUCCGUCACAGGUUCCGCCAGCCGCUGACGAUCGAGGGGUUUCCGCCAACUGCGCGGGUUUCUGGAGGGCUAUUUUUCCUCUCAGGGAGUAUAUAAUUUUUCCAGUGAGUUUGUGUUGUCACAGAGUUUUCUGCUAAAAUUCAAGAGAAUAUUUAUCAACUUGAUAAGUGCAAGUACUGGAAAGACAUAUUUGCCAAAGUAUUAAUUGAUUAGAAAUCUUCCAUGGGAUAAGAUUUAGACUCCCCAUACUUCUGAACCAAUGGAGAGAAAAUGGGAAGCAAAACUGAAGCGAAUUGAAGAGCGAGCAUCCCGUUACGAGAGGAAACCGUUGUCCUCAGUGUACAGACCCAGAUUGUCCAAGCCUGAAGAACCGCCCUCCGUUUGGAAACUGUUUCCUCGGCAAACGCAAGCUUUUAAUUUUGUUAAAAACUGUAAAGAGGAUGUUCAUGUAUUUGCUUUGGAAUGCAAAGUGGACAGUGGACAACGUAUUUACCUUGUAACAACCUAUGUUCAACUUUGGUUUUAUUAUAAAUCCCGAAGAAAUCUCUUACACUGCUAUGAAGUCAUUCCUGAAAAUGCUGUGUGCAAGCUCUAUUUUGAUUUGGAAUUUAACAAAGUUGCCAAUCCAGAAGCUGAUGGAAAAAUUAUGGUUGCUUUACUCAUUGAGGGAAGUAAUUUUGUGAGAAAAAUUCUGCAGCCUGCUUUUCCAUUAAUUGCCAGUGAAGAUGAUGACAAGAUUCCAGAGACAACAGGCCAUGGAUUUUCCCAUUUUCCUGAAACACCAAUUAAACAAGGAACUUCCUUCAGUAAAAUGUCCACAGAUAAGGAUAUAGGAGAGAGCUGGACCUUGAAUUCAGAGAAGCCGGGGAGGCUGGGAUCAGCUGAGCAAAGCAGUCCCGAUCUUUCAUUUUUAGUUGUGAAGAAUACCACAGGAAAAAAGCAUCUUUUUGUCGAUCUAGGAGUUUAUACAAGAAAUAGAAACUUUCGGCUGUAUAAAUCUUCAAAAAUAGGAAAGAUUGUGGCUUUGGAGGUUGCUGAAGAUAACAAAUUUUCUCUUACACAGUCAAAUAUUUCUAAGGAAAAUCAAUAUUUCCUCUAUUCUUUGGUCAGCAAUGUCAGGAAUCCGAGAUUCUUACCAGUGUCAAGCUUUGCUAAAAGAUACAAGGAAUCAAAAGCACACGUGAAGCAGACCGAGGCCUGGGACAUCUGCCUGACUCCCCAGGUGCUUCCUGCACUGGAUGUUCUUCUGACUCCAGUUGAAAGUUGGGCAGAAGUGAGCAGCCGCCGCACACAGCAGGGAGCAUUGAGGAUUUUGGUUGAUCUGAAAAAUGAAGUUUGGUAUCAGAAAUGUCAUGACCCUGUGUGUAAAGCACAAAACUUCAAAUCUGAUCGUUUUCCAUUACCUGCUGAAGUGUGUCUCCUGUUUCUUCUCAAAGAUGAAGAAGAGUUUACAACAGACGAAACAACGAACAAUGAAACAAAGAAUCCUCAUAAGCUCUCAAAAGGUGUAUUUUCUGACUGGGAUAGUGGCAUUGAUGAUACUUAUUUUCUAGAAGCUACUGAAGAUGCUGAAUUAGCAGAAGCUGCAGCGAACAGUCUGCUCAAUUAUAAUAGUGGAAUGGAUGAAAUUCCUGAUGAACUAAUUAUAGAAGUAUUAUAAGAGUAGCUAAUUAACUAUGGACACUUACAGAACCAAACUGUUAUUUGCCUGAAGACAGAUUUA